AUGCACUUAAAUCAGAAAGAGUGCGAAUCCUAUUAUUGUGCUCAAGUUGGUGGUGGCGGUGGUGUUUACUUUCAAGGUAUACCUCACCAACGAGGUUAUGGGUUUUUUGGAGAUUUGCGCCGAUACAUUACGCCGUUGGCACUUAGAGCCGGUCGUUAUUUGGGCAAACAGUUGAUGCAAACAGGAAAGAACGUCUUGUCAGAUGUUGCAGCGGGAUCGUCAUUUAAGGACUCUGCUCGGAGCAGGUUACGUGAGACCUCUAAUAAAAUAAAAAGUGAUAUUUUUGAAAAAUUACAGAGGGGAGAAGGUCAAGAUAAUCUACUGAGUGCUGGCUUAUUUGCAAAAGAUACUGCAUCUAAGCAUGAUGUUGUGGGAGACGAAAACGAAGGUUAUACAACGCGUGCAAAUCGUUGCAAGCUUAGCCAAAGCCUCGACCUCGUGGGACCAUUGCACUUCGAUUUGGCCACUCAACCGAAAUUGUUAGUCAACGGGGUUAAUGUACGCAUUAAACUGGAAAGGCAUAAAGAUGUUUUCACUUUGAUGUCGGCAAACGACAAUUAUAAAAUUAGAAUUCAGCUAGCAAAACUAUACGUGAGAAAAGUCAGCGUGGCUCCCUCCAUCCUAAUAGCACACGAAAAGGCUUUAGAAAAAGGAGUUAUUAAGAUGCCCAUUCGUAGGAUUGACAUAAAAAGUUUUGCAAUAUCGAGCGGUUUGCAAUCGACAACUAUAGCAAACGCUUUUAUUGGUCAGCUACCCACACGUCUCAUUCUAGGUUUUGUAUCUAAUGCCGCCUAUAAUGGAAGCAUCAACAGAAAUCCUUUUAAAUUUCAUCACUAUAACCUAAACUACCUAUGCAUAUUAAAUGGGGGACAGAUGAUACCUUCCAAACCCUAUCAGCCCAAUUUCGAAAAAACAUUUUAUGGGCGAAGUUAUUUAAGCAUCUUUACAGAUUUAAAUCGAUAUCAUUCAAGCCCCAACAUUAAUAUCUCCUUUGAUGAAUACAAAGAUGGGUAUACAUUAUAUGCCGUUGAUUUGACUCCAGAUAUGGCAUCUAAUGAAAGCCACGUAAGCAUAAAUAAGAGCGGAAACAUAGCCAUUGAUAUCAAAUUUGCAGCGGCCUUGCCAGAAACAGUUACCCUGAUAGUCUAUGCUGAAUACAGGAACAUAAUUGAAAUAGACAAGUCACGCGGAGUCACGACAGAUUAUUAA